CACAGAAACAGGCUCAGAUCAGACCUUACCCAACCCAACCCAAGACCAGUCAAUUAUACACUGAAAUCUUGCAUGGGAAUGCGUUUCUAAAGAUUUCACCAUCUUCUCUCUCCUUCUCUUUAUAUAACCCCUCACCCUCUGAGCAUUUCUUGCACUGCCCACUCACUUUUUUCCACACCUCCAUCAUUACUCUUCCACUGCUCCAAACACAGAGAAAUAUAUGGCAGCCUUUUCAUAUCAAUACCAACCGUUUCUCCUUGACUCCGUAUUCAUGCCCACCAAUCCCCUAAAAAUGGCUGCCUUUUUGGAUGACCCAAAUUUCAACGCCAAUUGCUUCUCUCAAUUCUUCCCCCAAGAACCACCCAUCCACCAUUUCUCGCCCGACCUCUCCAAACAGAGCCCCGAAUCUUCCACUCUCGUCGAGAAAUCCGACAGCGCCGAGCCGCCGCAGCUCAAGGCCGUCACUGUCACUGUCACUUCCCCUUGCAGUAAGAAGAGGAAGAGCCGCAAUAAUAAUUCCUCCGCCAGCUCCACUCAAUCCAAGGGCGCCACGGAGAGCACGGGGAAGAAGCAGAAGAUGGCUAAGGGGGAAGAUGAAAGGAAAGAAGGAGAUCAAAAGCCCAAAACUGGGAAGAAAGAGGACAAGAAAAUUUCAGAGGAAGGUUACAUUCAUGUCAGAGCCCGUAGGGGCCAGGCCACGGACAGCCACAGUCUUGCAGAGAGGGUGAGACGAGAGAAGAUUAGUGAAAGGAUGAAGACAUUGCAACGACUUGUUCCGGGUUGCGACAAGGUAACAGGGAAGGCCCUCAUGUUGGAUGAAAUUAUCAAUUAUGUGCAGUCCCUACAAAAUCAAGUCGAGUUUCUCUCCAUGAAACUCGCUUCUUUGAACCCCAUUUUCUUCGACUUCAGAAUGGACUUGGAUGGCCUCAUGAUCCAGCCAGAGACGUCGUUAAGUAGUAUAACUCCACAGUUGCCGGCCAUGGCUCAAUGCAGCGUCGUCCCACCGCCGGCGUUGAUCGACACCACCACUCCGACAACCCCAUCUCCGGCAAUCUCCGCCGCGAGUAGCUAUCCCCUGAUGGACCAUUCAGCUAAUUUGUUUCUUCUUCAUCAAGGGAUGAGCCCAAACGCCUACUCUCAGUCUCAGGAUAACGUUAAAGUUUCAUCAUGGGAUGUCGAAGACCAGAAACGAAAGCUUCUUAUUUCCUCAGGGAUUGGCGACAAUUUAUGUUACUUCCAUUAAAGAAUUACUAAGAAUUUGAAAUUAAAUUCUCUCCAUCCCUCCACCUCAUAAAAAAAAAAAAAGGAAAAAAAAAAAAUGGAGGCGAUUCGAUGGAGUGAAAGUGGACAGAGAACAAUGAAUAAAGGGAAAAUAGCAAAAAUCAACGGACAAUGGACACAGAGGAUCUGAUCUUUACAAGACAUUAAUUGUUCCCUCCCAUUUUAGUCAUCAGAGCUCUGUGGACUGUGGCUGCUCAAGUUUGGAGAAUCUGUACUGAUUUUUUUUCUUCUCUCUUURGAAAAAAUAAAUUUAUUUCAUUUUUAAUGUAUUAUUAGAGGGUUAGUUAGGUAAAAGAUCGUAUAAAAACUCAUUGAUUAGCCUAUAUCA